UGUACUGGAGAGGGAAUAGAAACCAAAGCUUUCGCUGACUGUUGGGAAAUAAAGCAGCAUCUUGGCAAAGUGCCCUCGGGCGUCUUUCACAUAACAACAUGGAAAUCACACCAAAAUGAGAGUGUUUACUGUGAUAUGAACACUGAUCAUGGAGGAUGGACUGUAUUCCAACACCGCGUUAACGGGAGUGUGGACUUCUACCAAAACUUUUCCUCAUUCGAGAAUGGCUUUGGAUCUCUGCAGGGUGAAUUUUGGUUGGGCCUCAAAUUGGUGUAUGAAAUGACAUCCCGGACAACGAAUGAUCUAAGGAUUGAUAUCGCACGAGCAAACGACAGCACCGCAUUUGUAGUAUACACUGACUUCAGUGUGGGAGCCGGCACAAAUUAUACGUUACACGUAGGAAAUUCACGGUCAGAAAGUGGUCGUAAGUACGACACGGGCAGAUAUGUUGCCGUUUCCUUGGACGAAAAAAAGCGCAUGAGACGAGUCGUGAUGGUUCAAAUGGCUCUCACUGGUGUAGACGCCUUAGUUUCGUUUUGA